CCCAAGGGCCUGGCCCAGUCGCCUCUAAGCCGCAGUCUCCAGGUGCUCAACCUCAGCGGCAACUGCUUCCAGGAGAUGCCCGCCUCGCUCCUGGGGCUGCGAGCGCUGCAGACCCUCAGCCUGGGCGGCAACCAGCUGCAGAGCAUCCCGGCAGAGAUCGAAAACUUGCAGAGUUUAGAGUGUUUAUAUCUUGGAGGAAACUUCAUCAAAGAAAUCCCACCAGAAUUAGCAAAUCUGCCUUCCCUGAAUUACUUGGUAUUAUGUGACAACAAAAUUCAAAGUGUACCUCCUCAGCUUUCACAGUUGCAUUCACUUCGUUCCCUCAGUCUCCACAAUAACUUGCUGACAUACCUGCCCCGAGAGAUCCUCAACCUUAUUCAUUUGGAAGAGUUGAGCUUACGAGGAAAUCCACUGGUUGUUCGUUUUGUUAGAGAUUUAACCUACCACCCUCCAACUCUCCUGGAAUUAGCUGCGCGGACCAUUAAGAUGCGAAAUAUUUCCUACACUCCCUAUGAUCUUCCUGGGAAUCUUCUUAAAUACUUGAGUUCAGCCAGCAAUUGCCCCAACCCAAAGUGUGGUGGAGUCUACUUUGACUGUUGUGUCAGACAAAUUAAAUUUGUGGACUUCUGUGGGAAGUACCGCCUCCCGCUGAUGCACUACUUAUGUUCUCCAGAAUGUUCUUCCCCCUGCAGUUCUGCCUCACACAGCUCCACGUCCCAGAGCGAGUCCGAUUCAGAAGAUGAAGCUAGUGUUGCUGCUCACAGAAUGCAGAAAGUUCUUCUUGGUUGAACACAAGUGCAGGGUGUUGUUAAAUACUAAAAAACUGAGCAGACAUGAUUGUAAAAGAACAUGGAGCUUGAAGUUGAUUAUCUUCGUUUUGAGUGUCCAUGAAAGAGUUGGUGAUGUUAAGUUUCAUCUACUGUUCAGCAGGAAGGAGUUUGUUUCUGUGUUUGGAUUCUUUUAAUAUAACUUACUCUGAAUGGCAGUUCCAAUUUUUGAUGGUGGCAUUUUCGCUCAAGUUUUGCAUGACUCUUUUAGCAGAGUGGUAUAUUUUGAACAGUGUUAUACUAGGCCAUGAGAACUGUUACUGGUGGUGAUUGAGAUGAAGAAGGAAGUUAUCAAUGCUGUAAUAGCAGAGUUGUCAUUGGGUUUCGAUUGAACAUUAUACCAUAAACUGGAUUUACUCUCUCCAUGUGUUCAGAUUAUAGACCUCUUCAUGUGUGCUCACAGAUGGUUACAUAGGACCUAAACCUUUGUGACCAGCUAAGUGGUAAAGUAAGAAAUGUUACUUUUAAAUGGGAUGUUUAACUCUUCUAUUCUUCUUUGUUUUAUAUGAUUGUUAAUAACUUUAAUCCAGCAGUGACUUGUAACAGUGCCUUAAUGCUAGCAAAGUUAUAGAAACUUAUUCAAUAAAAUGUGCCAGAGCAGUGUACAAACUGACAUAUUAUGCAAAACACUUUAAAAUAUAUGUUAACAGAACUAGAACUAGGUUAACAACUGUGAAUCUAAUUGAACUCACGCCAUCAUAACUUCACUUUUUUACUUAAACAUAACAAUGAUCCCUUGUGAACAAAUUGCUUUUACACUUAAUGGGAAGCCACUAUCUUAAUCUGUUCAUUGUAAAACAGAACAUUAGUUUUUAACAGAAAACUCUAGAAGAAAUAUAAGCUAGGAAAGCUUCUUUCUGUCUUGCAUUAAGUAAAUGGGGGGAAAGUUUAGAUUUUUUUGGAGGGGGGGUACCAGGGAUUGAACUCGGGAUCUUGCGAGGCAAGCGGCAGAACCACUGAGCUAAAUCCCUGGCCUAAAAGUUUAGAAUUUUAAAUAAUCAAAUGUGACUCUUUCAUGUUACAUACUAAAUGUAACUUUCUCUGCACUUUAAGAAAAAAGAAAUCAACUAGAAAAAUGUGACACUGGAACAAAAUAAAGUUGAAAGCAGGGAUUAUUGUGUUCAUGCAUAAUAGAACAGUUUCCAAAACUAAUUUAAUCCUGAAGGCUUUUUGAAAAUAAAAUAUUGAUAAAUUUUUUAAAAAAUAUGUUGUAACCACAGGGGGAAAGGAUUCACAAAACUUUGCCAUUAGGAAUUAUCAAUUUUUUGUUAACUGUUUUAAUAUAGACUUAAAAUUUAAUAGUAGUGCAACUAUAAGUUGCUAUUAUAAAAUACACACUAGUAAUUAGCCCAUAAAGUGAUGGCUAGUUGGUAAAUAUUAAAUGUAUGGUUAUGUACAGGUCAGAUUGUGUUAGAGCAUCAGGUAAUCUCUUAAAGGGCACACACUAUUUCUUGAAAGCCAGUUGUACAAUAGUGGUAUAUAUAGGUUAAGUUUUUUAACAUAGUUUUUUGUUCUAGAAGUGUAGUAUAGGAUAAUUCAGGGUUUAUAUGUUUGUGUGUCAAUUCAUGAAACAUGAGAGUUUCAUGACUGCAGUUGUGAAACGCUGCUAUAGUGAAUCCCUUCACCUUUACCUUGUUAUAAUGUAGUAAGAUUUUUUUUUUCUUUUUGAUUCAGAAAUCUUCUGCCUAUAUCUAUAGAAAUAAUCUGAUAGAAAUAGAAGUAAUAAAGUUUGUGCUUCUUCAUUUGAGCCAUGGCAAGCUACAGACUACAAAAUUAUGCAAGAUAUGUAUUAUUUAGGCAGUACCUAAGGGACAAUGGUCAAACAUUUUGUACCUAAGUGACUUAGAUGCAUAAAAUAUUUUCAUGGAAAAUACUUUAUAGUAAAGUAAUAGGACCAAAUUUUUCUGGCCUACAUGUGCCUUUACCUUAUUGACCAUCAGCUUAACCUAAGUAACAGCUUGAGUAAUCUCAGAUUUAGUCUUUGUAAAAUAACUAGGUAAGCGUGUAAAUAUAACACUUAAACUUACAUAGCCUUUUCAGCUUUCUAGAAAGGUGGUAUACUCUUUGAUGUUUUAUAGAUGUAAAUAUUCUGACCAGAAGUCGUUUCUAGCUUGUGCCAUAUAGUGUAGAUAUAUACUAUAUGUAUAACAAAAUAUUUGUCAUAGUUCAAAAGUCUUUUAUCAGUAUGCAGCUAUCUUUGAUAAUGUUUAAUGAAAUCUACCUUUUAGCUGUUUUAUCUUUUUAAAAAUCUUUGACCUUACCUGUCACAAAAGCUGCUAAUAAUUUCUGAGGUUUUCCUUGUUUGUUUGUUUUUUUACCUUCCUUUUUCUCAUAAAUGGUUAUAGAAAUUAGAAGCUGAGAUAGAUACAAGGCACUUGAUCAUCUAGAAAUAAGAUGACCAGCUUCCAAGUCAUGUAGCAGACUAUGUAUUUAAAAUAGUAGUCUCUUCAGUCAUGUUUUGUGUUUAACCACAGUUGAUGAUUCGUUUUUAAAAAAAAGAUUUGUGAAAUGUUUUUUACAUUGUUCCAGUUGAAUACUUUUACUGAACAAAACUGUUGUAAAAGAAUCUACUUAAAGUAUUAAUAUGUGUAGAAUUUAAAGUAUUAAUAUGUGUAGAAUGAAAUUCUUCUGUGCUAAUAUUUGAAAUUGAAAUGGAUACAUUGUACAUUUUUAGUAGUCUUUAUUCCUAAAAUCCAUUCUGUCUGCAUCACCAAACUGAGAGAGAUAGUCAUAGAACAAACAUAAGAAAUAGGAAGAUAACCUAAUAUGAAAUUUUGAUUCCAUGGUUUCAGGGACUGACUGGCAUAAGGACCAACUGGUCAGGAUUCUCAGUAUUCCUUGUAUUUGAGUAGCAGAGAAUAGUCUGAAGGCGACUGUUUAUAUUUUCUAAAUGUAUGCAAAAGGUGUCUUGUUCUAAAUUUUGUUUAGUUUUGUUUGUUGUUUGAGAAAGCAGUCACCACCAUACCUGGCUUAAAAUUGUUGAUAUUUAGGAUUUUAAGCCACUAGAUUUGAAAUUAAAUGUUUGCACUGUAAACUGCACCUUAAAUUUGAGAAAUUUUUGUUGAUGCCCCAAAAGUAUGACUAAUACUGUAAACUAAUUCUAUCAGGUAUUGUAAAUAUCAAUUUCAAAUAGAAAAGAAGGAACAGUCUGGUGCUAGAGUGUUAAACAAAAUCUUUAAAAGCAACAAAGACAGGAAUAGAGAUUUCAUCAGCAACCUAGAAAUAUCCAAGAGUCAAGAAAGCCCUUUAUACUAAUACAUGUUGUUUUUAUGAAAUGAAGUUAUGAAGUGGCCUACUAUGAUCCAUAAACCUUUAUCUCUGAAUAUAUUCCAUGUCUGUUUUUGGAAAUGUCCACAUCCUUCCAUAAUGGAGGGCCAGUAAGCAGUAGGAUUUUCUCAUAGCCAGCUUUGCUUUUCCCAAAGAGAGAAAAUAGUACCUCAUUAACCUGGAACUUACAGUUCAUCAAGUAAGCCUUGGUUAAUGUUUACCUGUUCAUUACAUUAAAAAAGACAAGCAAAUAGUACAAAUAAAGUUUGAUCAUUGAAAGCAUUUUAGUAAUAGCUAUUUACAUAGAAUAAUGGUUAUUUUAAAUCUUCAUAUAGUUCAUUAUAGAAAACUAUCAGUUGUAGUAUGUAUAAUUUACUUAGGUGUAGUGAGGAGUACCUAUUUUUCCUAAAUGAUCCUGUUAUACAAAAGUAGAGAUUUUACUGUAUGCUUUUACUCCCUGUUUAAUCCAAAAUACUACAUAGUGAGCUUUUAAGUUUUGCUGGGCAUUUAACCCUAUAGUAAAGGCUGUUGUAUAGGUUUUAAGGCAACACAGCCUAUAAUAAUGCAUAAUUCUGAUUCCUGUAUAAAAAAGUCCUUGACCAUCACUAUCUCUGUGUAAAGCACUCUUAUAUAACAUUAAUGAAUUUAAUAUGUAAUUUUGUAUUUUCAUUAUAGUCAUUUAUUUUUGUUUUGGUACUGGGGAUCAAACUCAGGACC